AUGUGUGCAUUUUUAAAUAUCAACUUGUGCUUGCUCAUGUGUUUCAUGUUGUUGUAUCCCUACUUUUCUUCUGCUGUGUCCCCUCCUCUUUAUUCCUCCUCCUGCCGGUUACAGGGACAGUUUCAUCUAAAUGGGAUGCACAAGGCUGGAGAUGUUGUUCUAGGUGGGAUAUUUCAGAUCCACUUCUUCUCUGUCUUUCCUGACCUGUCUUUUACAUCAGCGCCACAACAGCCUACCUGCAAUGGUUUUGAUGUUCUAGGAUUCAGGCAGGCACAGACCAUGGCCUUUGCUAUUGAUGAGAUCAACAGAAACUCCAACCUGCUACCUAAUGUGACUCUGGGAUACAGUCUUUAUGAUAACUGUCUCGAACUGGGAAUUGGAUUCCGUGCAGCGUUGUCCUUAGUCAGUGGUCAAGAGGAGCAGUUUAUAUUAGACGAGACCUGUGUAGGAACCCCCCCAGUCCUGGGAAUUGUGGGUGAUUCUUCAUCUACACGUUCUAUUGCCAUCUCCUCUGUCUUAGGUUUGUACAGAGUACCUAUGGUGAGUUAUUUUGCCACAUGUUCCUGCCUGAGUGACCGGCAAAAGUUUCCAUCCUUCUUUAGGACGAUCCCAAGUGAUGCUUUCCAGGUGCGUGCUAUGAUUCAGAUUCUAAAACACUUUGGCUGGACUUGGGCAGGUCUGCUGAUCAGUGAUGAUGAUUAUGGACUCCACGCUGCCAGAUCCUUUCAAUCUGACUUUGUUCAGUCUGGUGGAGGUUGUCUGGCCUACUUCGAGGUUUUGCCCUGGGGCAAUGACCCAGCUGAACUAAGGAGGAUUGUGGAUGUGAUGAAGAAAUCAACAGCUCGCAUUGUCAUUGUGUUUGCACAUGAGAGUCACAUGAUCAAUCUAAUUGAAGAGGUGGUGAGGCAGAAUGUGACAGGCCUGCAGUGGAUGGCCAGUGAAGCCUGGAUAGCAGCUACUGUGCUCCAGACCCCCCACCUCAUGCCUUACCUGGGUGGGACAAUGGGCAUCGCCAUCCGUCGAGGAGAAAUAGCAGGGCUGGAAUUCCUCUCACGAAUACGUCCUGACCUACACCACAACAACAAUGUCUAUGGAAAUAGCAUGAUUAAUCAGUUUUGGGAGUACACAUUUCAGUGUAGAUUUGCACCACUUCCAGCAGGUUGGGUGGAAGCUGGGGGAGCACUAUGCACUGGACAGGAAGAUCUAGAGAAUGUGGAGACUGAGUUCUUGGACAUUUCAAAUCUCAGGCCGGAGUACAAUGUGUACAAGGCUGUCUAUGCUCUGGCGUAUGCCCUUGAUGAAAUGCUGCAGUGUGAGCCAGGGAGAGGGCCUUUCAGUGGGCACAGCUGUGCCACUUUGCAAAGACUGGAGCCAUGGCAGCUUAUGUAUUACAUGGAAAAGGUCAACUUCACCACACCAUUUGGUGAUCAAGUGUCAUUUGAUGAGAAUGGUGAUGCCCUACCAAUCUAUGAUAUCAUGAACUGGCUGCGGCUCCCUGAUGGAAGAACUAAACUUCAGAAUGUGGGUGAGGUUAAGAGGUCGGCCUUCAAAGGUGAAGAACUCACAAUUGAUGAAGACAAAAUCUUCUGGAACUUUGACUCCAAACAGCCACCCCAGUCAGUGUGCAGUGAGAGCUGUCCUCCAGGUACCCGCAUGGCCAGAAAGAAAGGGGAACCUGUGUGCUGUUUUGACUGCAUCCCUUGUUCUGAGGGAAAGAUCAACAAUAAGACUGACUCCAUUGAGUGCACCAGUUGUCCAGAGGACUUCUGGUCCAGCCCCCAGCGUGACCACUGUGUUCCUAAGAAAACGGAGUUCCUCUCCUACCAUGAACCUCUGGGUAUCUGCUUGACAGCCACCUCAUUGCUGGGCACAUUUAUCUGUGCUGUUGUCCUGGGGAUCUUUAUCUAUCAUCACAAAACACCUAUAGUACGUGCCAACAAUUCAGAACUGAGUUUCCUGCUCUUGGUGUCACUUAAACUAUGUUUCCUCUGCUCACUGCUGUUUAUCGGCCGUCCCAGCCUGUGGACAUGCCAGCUGAGACAUGCAGCAUUUGGGAUCAGCUUUGUGCUUUGUGUCUCAUGCAUCCUGGUGAAAACCAUGGUGGUUCUGGCUGUAUUCAAGGCCUCCAAGCCAGGAGGCGGAGCCAGUCUGAAGUGGUUUGGUGCUGUGCAGCAGAGAGGGACAGUUAUUGUUCUUACUUCUAUUCAGGCAGCAAUCUGCACUGCCUGGCUUGUCUCUUCCUCACCAUCUCCUCAUAAAAACACUCAAUACCACAAUGACAAGAUAGUUUAUGAGUGUGUAGUCGGGUCCACAGUUGGUUUUGCAGUGUUACUGGGUUACAUUGGUUUACUGGCUAUCCUCAGUUUUCUGAUUGCAUUUAUAGCAAGGAAUCUUCCAGAUAGUUUCAAUGAGGCCAAACUUAUUACAUUCAGCAUGCUGAUCUUCUGUGCUGUGUGGGUGGCCUUUGUUCCUGCUUAUAUCAGCUCACCAGGCAAAUAUGCAGAUGCAGUGGAGGUAUUUGCCAUCCUGGCCUCCAGUUUUGGUCUCUUGGUGUCACUGUUUGGACCUAAAUGUUACAUAAUCCUGCUGAGACCAGAGAGGAACACAAAGAAAGCAAUCAUGGGUCGGGGCAUCAAGUCAUAAAACUGCACUUAAUUUAAUGAGACAGAAUGUAUCCUUGUUGUCUAUACGAUACAAAAACACAGCCAGAGAAGUAAGUUGGUAGUAAUAGCAAUGUUAAGAUAUUGAGAAAGCAGGGCUGAUGCCAUAUUUGAAUAUGAUCUUCUUAGCAUUUGGAUCAAGUGUUUGUGAAUACUUAAACACAACAGUUUAUUCUCUUUUUCCAGGAUGUAGUUAAAGUACAAAGCACUUACACUUCAAAUGCUUUUAUUGUCUUUUGACUUUUCAUGGUUUAGUUAAUCUUACACCUGUUUAUACUAUAAGUUACUCUCUCCAAAUAAAUUAUGCAGACUAUUUGAAUACAUCUAACAUUACUAUAUGCAUUUCUUUUUGAUCUACCCGGGGCUUUUGUUGACUUAAAGGGGCAAUAUGUAAGAUUUGGCCAGCUUUUCAGUUUAAAACACAAAAAAAUUAACCUUAUCAACAGAAUGUGAAAAAGUACAGGUCUGACGACAUGUAAAAGAUGGCUAUGUAUUGUGUUGCAGAGAUAUAUAUUGAAAUUAGCAUGCUAACUGCUAGUCCCGGCCCGUCCUGUGUUGUUAUACCACUUGUGCCUCAAGAGGCGUAUAGCUCAGGUAGUUUCAGCUGGUACGUUACAUAAGCUCUCUUAGCUUUUUUAGUCUAAUAAAUAAACUCACAAAAUGUCUAGAAAUGAAAUUUUCUUACACCUGUCUUUCACCGAACUAAGACCAGCUUAACUGCCUUAUUAAGUCAUCGUAAAACACACUCAGCAGGAACAAAAUAUA